GCGGCUGGGCCGGAGCGAGCAGGGGUUCGGCGGCCUCACCUGUCCCCACUCUCUGGCGGCAACCGGCGGCGGCGGUCAGCGCGGCGGGCAGGGAGGGCCGCCGCCAGGUGUGCAACAGAGGAACAUGGCUCAAGAAACUAAUCACAACCAAGUGCCUAUGCUUUGUUCCACUGGCUGCGGAUUUUAUGGAAACCCUCGUACAAAUGGCAUGUGUUCAGUGUGCUAUAAAGAACAUCUUCAAAGACAGAAUAGUAGUAAUGGUAGAAUAAGUCCACCUGCUUCUGUCAGUAGUCUGUCUGAAUCUUUACCCAUCCAGUGCACAGACGACAGUGUCCUGGAUGCUCAGUCACCGCUAGACUCCACAUCUGCAUCUGUGUGGCCAAGCCCUGUAUCAAAUCAGUCACUUUUAUCAGAAUCUGUAGCAUCUUCCCAAGUGGACAGUACAUCUGUGGACAAAGCAGUACCAGAAACAGAAGACCUGCAAGCUUCAAAAGUGGGACUUACUGGGUUUGAAUGCCGGUGUGGAAAUGUUUACUGUGGUGUACACCAUUACUCAGAUGUACACAAUUGCUCUUACAAUUACAAAGCUGAUGCUGCUGAGAAAAUCAGAAAAGAAAAUCCAGUAGUUGUUGGUGAAAAGAUCCAGAAGAUUUGAGCUCCUGCUGGAAUACAAAAUCCUUUGACCAUCUGCAAACUAAAAAUUGACUUGAGGUUUUUUUUCCUAGUCAUUGGGAAUGUAGAGCAAUGUAUCUUGCAUAGACCUUUUAAUCAUGCAUGUCAUCAGAAGAAUAGAUUUUCGUUUUUGUUUUGAAAAUGACUCUGAACAUUUAUUUCCAUUGCAGUUUCUGUGGCUGAAAAGACUUAAGUAAACUUUACAAGUAUUAUCCUUUUAAGAUCAUUUUAAUUUUAGUUGAGUGCAGAGGGCUUUUAUAACAAAUGUGGAGAAAUUUUGGAGGGCUGUGAUUUUUCCAGUAUUAAACAUGCAUGCAUUGAUCUUGCAGUUUAUUUUCUCAUUGUGUGUGUACAUAGCUUUUCUCUGCAGCACAAUCUCUGUCGAUGGCGCCCCUCAGGGCACAACUAGUUACCAGUCACUGAAUGUAUCUUCAUCCUUACGGCUGCUUCUGGGUUUUCAUUAACAAAGGUUCUACAUAUGUUAGCAUAUAGUUUCUUUGCACCCACUAUUUAUGUCUGAAUCAUUUGUCACAAGAGAGUGUGUGCUGAUGAGAUUCUAAGUUUGUGUGUUUUUAAAUUUUUUUUGAGCGAGGGAAGGAAAAGCUGUAAGCAUUUCAUUGCCGACUGCAGGUUUCUUUCAGAUUACAUUCAUUGGUCUGUGUGUAUACAAUAUGAAGAAUGAUCUGAAGUAAUUGUGCUGUAUUUAUG